UAUACUCAAUGGAAUGACAAUAAUAAUUAAUAAGCAUGUAUACAACUUUAUAUAUCGGGACGUAUUCCUGGUCGAUAUCGCCAUAAAUUGUCAUGUUUAUGAAACACUUCUAGACAUUCCUAUGUAUUUUAACAAGACCAAAUAUCACUUGUAUGGCAGUUCUGUUAUGUUGAUGCAUUUCUUCAAAACAAAAGCUUAGUACCAAAGUGUAAAGGUCUUCAGAAUUUUGGAUAAUGUACGCUGAUAGUUUUUAUUGGUUAAACCUGCCAGAAACAAUAGAUUAAUUAAUUAAUAACAUAUCCUAAUAAACCGUGUUUCCUGGCUACAAUAAAAGCUUAUAUCUGUCUAUCAAAUGCGGAAUUACUAUGGAAACAAAAGCUUUAUAUGCUUUAGAUAGUUAUAUGAAUAAUUGAUUGAAUUAUCAGUUGUAUUCGCCGUCAUACAGAACUUAAAGGCACAGAAACAAGUUAUUGAGGAUUUAUAAAUCAUGUGAAUUAAAAACGUGCAUGGCAAUGGUGGUAAACAUUUUUGGCUUUACACGAUUCGAUGGGCGAUAGCACUAAUGAGAGAAUGAGAGACAAGGAUCUUGCCGAGGAAGAAAUUUUGAACGCGGCCACGAAACUUGUUGCUGAGGCCAUGGCUACGGGAGUUAUAAACUUUUUUGAAAAGUCAAUAAAUACUGAUAGAAGGACUGUGUACAAAAACCUUAUUGAAAAGGCAAGGACGUCUACGACAACUGUGUCAAAGCGGAACAAUCUAGACCUUUAUGAGUGCGUAAACAUCGUGCAAAGUAUCCUAAAGGACUGUUUAUGCGAUCCUGACGGUGUUAGUAGGCGCGCAUCAUCUAGCAAAAGUUCCACGUGCAAGCUUUUGUGAUUUAUGAUUUGUAAGCCUUUCCUGUAAAAUUAAAACUGAAUUAAAACUAUUUUGAUAUUUGAAGAGUGAUAAUUUCCAUGUGUGGCGAGAAUUUUACGAUAAAUCUGAAAAUGAAACAUUUUAAAGCCUCCAAUGAAUAAUAUUUAUUUCUAACUAAAAUCCACCAAGAGCAAAAUGCUCUGUAACAUGAAAAACACAAUUACCGAUGCAUUUUCUUGUUCAUAUAUCAAACUAUGUAAAUAUUUAUCCAUGCUUUAAUAAUUAAAUGUA